GUGCUCCACUGGGCUCAGAGCAACGCAGAUUUUGUUAUUCCCCUCUACUGCUUCGACCCGCGGCACUACCUGAGCACCCACUGCUACGGCUUCCCAAAGACAGGGCCCCAUCGGCUCAGGUUUUUGCUGGAAAGCGUGAAGGAUCUAAGGGAAACGCUGAAGAAAAAAGGAAGUACCCUGGUUGUGAGGAAGGGGAAGCCAGAAGAUGUGGUCCGUGAUUUGAUUACUCAGUUGGGCUCUGUCAGUGCUGUGGCUUUCCAUGAAGAGGCCACGCAGGAGGAGCUGGACGUGGAGCAGGGGCUGUGCCAGGUGUGCAGUCAGCACGGGGUGAAGAUCCAGGCGUUCUGGGCAUCUACACUGUACCAUCGGGACGACCUUCCCUUCAGGCCUAUUGCCAGGUUGCCUGAUGUCUACACCCAUUUCCGAAAAGCUGUGGAAUCUGAGGCGAAGGUCCGGCCGACCCUGCGGAUGGCGGAUCAGCUAAAGCCUCUGGCUCCAGGGGUGGAAGAAGGGUGUAUCCCUACAAUGGAGGAUUUGGGGCAGAAGGAUACUGUGACUGAUCCACGAACAGCCUUCCUCUGCAGUGGAGGAGAGACCCAGGCUUUAAUGAGACUGCAGUAUUAUUUUUGGGACACGAACCUGGUUGCAUCUUACAAGGAGACUCGGAAUGGACUGGUGGGAAUGGAUUACUCAACUAAAUUUGCACCAUGGCUGGCGCUGGGCUGCAUUUCACCUCGAUACAUCUAUGAGCAGAUCCUAAAGUAUGAAAAAGAGAGAACGGCAAAUGAGAGCACGUACUGGGUCCUGUUUGAACUGCUGUGGCGGGAUUACUUUCGAUUUGUGGCCCUGAAGUAUGGCAGAAGGAUUUUCUCAUUAGGAGGGCUCCAGAGUAAAGAGGUCCCCUGGAAAAACGACCUUCAGCUCUUUGACUGUUGGAAAGAGGGCAAAACGGGCGUUCCUUUUGUCGAUGCCAACAUGCGAGAGCUGGCUGCCACAGGCUUCAUGUCUAACAGAGGGCGGCAGAAUGUCGCCAGCUUCCUCACCAAGGACCUGGGUCUGGACUGGAGGAUGGGGGCAGAAUGGUUCCAAUACCUGCUGGUGGAUUACGACGUUUGUAGCAAUUACGGUAACUGGUUGUACAGCGCUGGGAUUGGCAACGACCCGCGGGACAACAGGAAGUUUAACGUGAUUAAACAAGGCCUGGAUUACGAUGGCAGCGGGGAUUACAUCCGGCUGUGGCUCCCCGAACUACGGGGCAUAAAGGGAGCAGCUAUCCACACCCCCUGGGCCCUGAACAGUGCUGCUCUCUCCCAGGCGGGAGUGACUCUAGGUGACACCUACCCACAGCCGGUUGUGACAGCACCAGAGUGGAGCAGACACGUCGACCAGAGGCCCCAGGGAAGAGGUCCCCACCCCAGGGGCAGGAGAGGACCUGCACACACGCCAACGCAGCACAGAGGGACAGAGUUUUACUUUUCCCGCCAGAAAGAUGCACAAUGA